CGACUUUGACAUUCUAUUUAAUAUUUCCAACUAGUUGCGACUCGCAGCACAAAAACUAUUGUCUUAUCCAAUUGAUGCAUUAAUUAUCCAAAAGAUUGUCUACAUUUCUUGACGUUCGUUCAUUACUUUGCUUACAAAGUUCAAGCAAACGCCUAACCCAGUCAGUUGCAGUUGCAGGAGCAGGAGAAAUGGCGCAAGAAAAUGUUUCUACGUAUAAGCCAGCUCCCGAAAGGUGGAAAUUCUGUAAAAAAACAAAAUGGAUUUGCGCAGCAGCGCCUACCGCCGCUUAGUAGCCAAGCCCCAAGACGCUGGUGUCUAUGAGGGAGGAAUGCCAUAUGAUGGACUUAAGCAGCUUGCGCAGGCCGUGGAAAUGUCGGCACAGGAAGCCAAUGAAGACGAAGAAAAGCUGCAUUUCGAACGUGCCCGCUACGAGAGCGAGCUGGAGUGCUUGUCCUCGCAGCCCAUGGAUCAACGCCAAUCAACCAUGCUGCCGUCGCCGGCUCGUGCCUCGCCUGAGGAUAUGGAUGUUGAUAUGGAUGUGGAUAUCUCACAGCCUGAUUGCAAUAGUUCUGUUGGUGGGCCCAUUCAACUGACAGUCCGUGCAACCGUACAUCAUGCCCUCGACUGGAGUCCCACCGCCGAGCGUCGGUCUGCACACAAGCGCAGAGCUGACAGCAACGGCAAUACAAUCGGCUUGGAGGAGAAGCGUGCCCGUACCGAAAACAGCAAGAAUCAGAUGCAGCAGCAACAGCCGGCAGCCGCCGAGGGAGAUGUCAAUCCGCCAUCAAUCGCAUCGAUGGACUCUGGCGUCAGUGGGGAUGAGCUGAGCUCGGUUACCUCCAGCGCAUAUGAAAGCAGCUCAGUGCUGUCCAUUGGCGAGGUGCCCAGUGGUCUAAUGGUCAGCACAAGCAGUGUCGCCGUGUCCGAUCGAUCGCGCAAUAGCAACACCAGCAGCGAAAUCUUUUCAUAUGAGAGCCACGAAUGAGAUGCCAUUGUCACGUGUUUCGUUUGUUUUAUUUAGGCCAUACGUUAUGUACAGAAAUUGUGAGGCGUGGUUUUAAACACAUUAAACACACAUGUGUGUUAAACACACACAGAUACACAUUUA